UUGCGUGGCGUUCGGAGUGACCGCAUAGCCGUCGUUCUCGUCGAAGCCGGACAGUAUGGCUUCGGCUGCCGGUUCGUUCGCGUUAGUGGUGUUUGUCCACGGUGCUACAGUGCAUAGUUGGCGGCGGGUGUGCGUGCUCCGUUUUUUGCGAACGAAACACUGCACGUGAAACGUGAACGUACGUGGUGUAACAAGAUUGUCAACGGGACGACGAGGACGUGGGGCGAGAUUGACAAGAUACUCGACAGAGAUGCGGCGAAAUGUGAAAAUUGUGUUGCUGCUGUCAUGCGCGUGGAUGUCUGCCUUUGUUUACUACUAUCACACAUCGCGAGACACAAAGAACGAAAACAGAGCCCUGCGACUGAAGGAGCCUGCAUCGUUGGCUCUCUCCGCCGGAAAUUCCGGCAACUACGUGGACCCAGAUGGCACCGCCAUUGUGAUGUCAUCCGAGCUGCUACCUGCACCCACCCCGGAUCCAAGGGUGACGUGGAACUACUUCGACGAGCAAGGAUAUGUUUCGAGAGGAGGAUUACGAGCAGGAGAGGAUCCAUAUGCUAGGAACAAAUUUAACCAGGAAGCUUCCGACGGGCUUCCCAGCAAUCGCGAUAUUCCUGAUACCCGCAGUGCGAUGUGUCGAAUGAAGCAGUGGAGAAGGGAUCUACCCCCAACCUCGGUGAUAAUUACCUUUCAUAACGAGGCGAGGUCGACGUUGCUCAGAACCGUCGUCAGCGUGCUGAACAGGAGCCCGGAACAUUUGAUCAAGGAAAUCAUACUGGUCGACGAUUUCAGUGACCAUCCGGAGGACGGUGAAGAGCUAUCGAGGAUACACAAAGUGCGAGUGAUACGCAACGAAAAGAGGGAGGGUUUGAUGAGGUCGAGGGUGAGAGGCGCGGAUGCAGCCACCGCCACCGUGUUAACAUUCCUCGACUCGCAUUGUGAAUGCAAUGCCGAUUGGCUAGAACCACUUCUCGAGAGGGUGGCUGAGGAUCCUACAAGGGUCGUCUGCCCUGUUAUUGAUGUCAUAAGCAUGGACACCUUUCAAUAUAUCGGCGCGUCAGCCGAUUUAAGGGGUGGUUUCGAUUGGAGUCUGGUGUUCAAAUGGGAAUACCUGAGUCAAACGGAGAGGCAGGCGAGGCAAAAGGAUCCUACGCAGGCGAUCAGGACCCCGAUGAUAGCCGGUGGCCUCUUCGUCAUCAACAAAGCGUAUUUCGAGAAAUUGGGCAAGUACGACACGCAGAUGGACGUGUGGGGCGGCGAGAAUCUCGAAAUAUCGUUCCGCGUGUGGCAAUGCGGGGGAAGCCUGGAGAUUAUCCCGUGCUCGCGCGUCGGCCACGUGUUUCGAAAACGUCAUCCGUACUCGUUCCCCGGAGGCAGCGGCAACGUUUUCGCGCGGAACACGAGAAGGGCCGCCGAGGUGUGGAUGGACGAUUACAAACAAUUCUAUUACAACGCGGUCCCUUUAGCGCGUAACAUACCGUAUGGAAAUAUUCAAGACAGGAUGGAGCUGAAGCGGAAAUUGCAUUGCAAGCCCUUCAGCUGGUAUCUGAAAAACGUGUAUCCAGAGCUGGUUAUACCGACCAGCGAGGGUGGACCCGGUGGAUCGUUGAAACAGGGCUCCGCGUGUCUCGACAGCAUGGGCCAUCUCCUCGAUGGAAACGUGGGACUUUACCCGUGUCACGACACCGGUGGUAACCAAGAAUGGGGUCUGACGAAGGACGGCCUCAUCAGGCAUCACGGCCUCUGCCUAACACUUCCUGUCUACGCGAAAGGCACGACGCUGUUGAUGCAGAUCUGCGACGGUAGCGAGAACCAGAAAUGGAGGCAUCUCGAGGGCGGUUUGAUCCGCCACUCGAGAAUUCCUGUGUGCGUGGACUCGAGAUACCACGCGCAAAAGGGGAUCACCGCGGAAAAGUGCGACUCGAACGCCGAAACGCAGAGGUGGCAUCUUUACAACCACAAUCAUUAGCUUCCGAGUAUAACCAGUAAUGGCUCGUGAAGACAACGGUGCCGCCGUCACUCACGAAGGGCCGAUGGGGUGCAAUAUUUGAUCAGAAGAAGGAGGAUCGACCUGAUAAGGGAAAACGAUCUAAUCGAUACGAGAUCGAAGUUGCUCAAUCGGACCCGUAAAUGACGACUUUAAAUAAAGGGGUUCGUUGUUACGAAAAGAUUUUCUCGACGCGUGAGGACGAAGAAACGAUUUAUAUUAUAGAAGAGUGAUAUAUCGGUCUGACGUAUUCGUAGUUUUAACGAGACUGUGCGUUGACAAAGAGAUUGCGGAGACAUGGAAUUGAAUUCCUGUUUUUUUUUUUUUUUUUUGAAGAUUUCGUAGAGGAAGAUCGUCUUUAUUUGCUAUUUUUAGAGUAGUAUGUGAUAAGAAUGUUUGAAGAAAAUCGAAGGUGUUUGUACACAAUCUUUGGAAUUGAUUUGUGAUGAAUGAGAAAUAUAGUCUACAUUUCUUUUUUUUUUUUUUUUGUUAUUUUAAUUAAUCGAUGAUAUAUAAUUGUAUGAUUGGAAGGAACGUCGAUGUCCUAGUCGAAUUCAUUUGCAAGGAUUGUUUUCUAGAAAUAUAUAUUCAUUCCGGUGCAUUUACAUUGAUAUCUCGAUGAUCUCAAACCGCGUAUAGAUUGCGAUUUCUCAGUUCGUUUACCGUUUUAUUAUUAUUUUGAAAUAAAUAUUGAAAAAUUCUCGUUUAAUCGAUGCUCGAUUUCUUAUUGAAAAAUAACGAGCAUUGGUGCAACGAGAAACAAAACGAUUAAAAAUGCGAUACCGUUUCAUUUAAUUCUUAUUUUCACGGCCUUAAGCGAAUGAUCGAAUGACGAGAAACGCUAUUUUCAAAUCGACUAUUCUUUCUUAGCCGACCAAACGUAUUCAGACACAUACACAUACACAUGGUAUACGUGGCGCAUCGAUUUGUGUUAAAUCAUUGAUCGAUCGUGAUAUAUACGAAUCGGGUGCUUCUCGAUCCAAAGACAUGCGCUACCACUCUCUCACAAAGAGAUUUAUUUUUCUAUAAAAAAAAAAUUGUAUACUUACUUGGUUGUGCGAAUAGCUGGAUGUGUUUGCCUCACGAAGACUCAACGUGUCAUAGAACAGCGAUUAUAUCAAUUGAUUUUUACUUUCUUUAAUUUUUUCAUUUGCUAUCCGGUUCCUGAUGACAAGGUUCGUCUUCUUAGAAGAAUAUAUUAGAUGAUUGAUCUUGACUAAAUUGUCUACGACACGUUGAGUCUUUCCAAGGCAAAAAUAUUAGGAGCGACUAUUAUACAGCAAUAUGUAGGCGAGAGAACGAUUUUUUGUACACUGAUACUAUUUUCACGACGACAAUGAUCCGACUGCCGUCAUCUCGCAUACGAUAUUUAACACACGUAUAUGUAUAUGUACACGAAGAAGUUACGCUAUCGAAUUAUUGUAAGCUUUUGUAUAAUACCGAACGCGCCCCUAAUCGCCUAUUUACACACAUUCUUAGAUUUACGAAAAGCGAUGUACAUUCGUAAGAGAAAGAUCGUUUCUAUUCUUAAAAACCGGUAAAGCUAAGCUAUUAGACAGUAUCAUUCAGAUUUAAUCGUAUUUUUAACUGGUGCAUAUUGUACAUAUGGGUUUAAAAAUCUCUUUUAUUAAAAAA